GGCUCCGUUUUGCUUUUCAUAUAAAAGACAUAGUCCGAGUCGAUAAUAGUAUCAGUCACCUGUUCUGAUUAAGUGCAAAAUGUUCACCAAAGUGGUCGCCCUUAGCGCCGUGUUGGCCGCCGCCAACGCCGGUCUGCUGCCCCUGCACCACGGGGCUACCUCCUCGCAAAGCAUCAUCCGCCACGACGCGCCCGUGCACUACGCCCCGGCUCACUAUGCCCCCUUCGCGCACCAUGCUCCCUUAGUCCAUGCCGCUCCCCUCAUCCACCACGCCCCCUUAGUCCAUGCUGCCCCCAUUGUCCACGCUGCCCCCAUCCACCUUGAGCACUCCCACCCCAAAUACGACUAUGCGUACUCCGUGGCGGACCCGCACACCGGCGACCACAAGUCGCAGCACGAGUCCCGCGACGGUGGCGCCGUGCACGGUAGCUACUCCCUGGUCGAGCCUGACGGCUCCGUGCGCAAGGUCGAGUACACCGCUGAUGACCACCAUGGUUUCAACGCGGUCGUCCACAAGACCCCCGGCCACCACCCCGCCCCUGUGGUGCAUGCCGCCCCCCUGGUCCACGCCGCCCCCCUCGCGCACCUCGCCUAUGCCCCGCUCGCGCAUGGCCACCAUGGACUCCACGUAGCGUUGUUUAGUGUGCUAAUGGCCGUCUGCCAUGCAGGUUACAUCGGGUUGGAUGCGACCUCGUCACAAACUGUAGUUCGCCACGACGAACUCGAGCAACACGGACACAUUGCACAUGCCGGACAUGUCUCACAUGCUGGUCAUAUCGGAGAUGUCGGCACUCCCAUCUAUGAGCCGAGCUACGAAAAUGAAGCACACUACGAAUACCAAGACCCAGGAUACAAAUCUGAAGAUUACUAUCACGGACAGAACGAGGCUUAUGAAGAGUACUCCGCUGGCGUUCUACUUCAUGGAGCAUACCAGCCUCUUGCAACAUACGCGUCCGGAUACAAUAACUACGCUCCUCCGAAGUACCACUUUACGUACUCCGUGUCGGACCCGCACACCGGCGACCACAAGUCGCAGUUCGAGGCGCGCGACGGCGACGUCGUGAAGGGAAUGUACUCGCUGGUGGAGCCGGACGGCAAUGUGCGCACCGUGCAUUACACCGCUGACGACGUCAAUGGAUUCAAUGCGGUGGUGGAGCGAACCGGCCCGACCGUUCACACGACGACUUAUCACUGAUCUCUUAUAUUUAAUCAAAUUAGUUGAUAAGCUCCAAAUAUAAUAGUUAUAUAACUUACCUAUAGUGGA